AUGGCCCACCGAGACAUAGGGACGACGACGACGACCGCUGAGACGGUCGUGGUCGUGGAAGCAGAUCCUCCUGGCUGCCCCGCUUCCUCGGCAACCCCGAGCCCUAAGCCGGCGCCGGCGCCGGCGGCAGCGGCAUCGGCAUCGGCAUCGGGCGGUGCUAAGCCGCUGCCCCUCUUCAUCUCGCUUGCCCUCGGCCUCGCCGUCCGCUUCCUCGUGCCGCGGCCAGCCAAGGUAACCCCGCAGGCAUGGCAGCUCCUCUCCAUCUUCCUCUCCACCAUCGCGGGGCUCGUCCUCGCCCCGCUCCCCGUCGGUGCGUGGGCGUUCCUCGGCCUCACCGUCACCGUCGCCACGCGCACGCUCUCCUUCGCCGCCGCGUUCGGGGCCUUCACUAAUGAGGUCAUCUGGCUCAUCGUCAUCUCCUUCUUCUUCGCGCGCGGCUUCGUCAAGACCGGCCUCGGCGACCGCGUCGCCACCUACUUCGUCAAAUGGCUGGGCCGCAGCACUUUGGGCCUAUCCUAUGGGCUUGUCAUCAGCGAGGCUCUCAUCUCGCCUGCCAUGCCCAGCACCACGGCCAGGGCAGGAGGAGUUUUCCUUCCCAUCAUCAAGUCGCUGUCGCUCUCGUCGGGAAGCAAGCCCAACGACCCAUCGGCCAAGAAACUCGGCUCGUAUCUUGUGCAAUCGCAGCUACAGGCAGCUGCCAACUCCAGUGCUCUUUUCUUGACAGCGGCUGCACAGAACCUGUUGUGUCUGAAGUUAGCAGAGGGGAAUGGCGUUAAUAUCAGAAACCAAUGGAUUACUUGGUUCAAGGCUGCUUGCGUGCCAGCACUUCUUGGGCUUUUAGUGACUCCUUAUUUGAUUUACAAAAUAUACCCCCCUGAAAUAAAGGACACUCCUGAAGCCCCAGCAUUGGCUGCCGAGAAGCUAAAGAACAUGGGUCCAGUAACAAAAAAUGAAUGGAUCAUGAUUGCAACGAUGCUUCUUGCAGUCUCACUCUGGAUUUUUGGGCAAAGUAUUGCCGUAUCCAGCGUUGCUGCUGCAAUGAUUGGACUCUCAAUACUUCUUCUGCUUGGAGUGCUGAACUGGGAGGAUUGUUUGAAUGAGAAGUCUGCAUGGGACACCCUAGCUUGGUUUGCUAUUUUAGUUGGUUUAGCUGGGCAGCUUACCAACCUCGGGAUUGUGUCCUGGAUGUCGAACUGUGUUGCCAAGGUUCUUCGAUCUUUCUCAUUGAGCUGGCCUGCAGCAUUUGGUGUUCUUCAGGCUUCAUACUUCUUUAUUCACUAUAUAUUUGCAAGCCAAACUGCACAAGUUGGAGCUUUAUACUCGGCAUUUCUUGCCAUGCAUUUAGCAGCUGGUGUGCCAGCUCUAAUGUCGGCACUUGCUUUGGCAUACAAUGCAAACCUCUUUGGAUCACUGACCCACUAUAGUAGCGGGCAAUCUGCAGUAUACUUUGGAGCUGGGUAUGUUGGCCUUCCAGAUGUAUUCAAGCUGGGUUUUAUAACAGCCGUAAUCAAUGCUGUAAUUUGGGGAUCUGCUGGUGCAUUAUGGUGGAAACUGUUGGGUCUUUAUUGA